AACAUUAGAUUUAGAGACACCAAACAGGAAAUAGAAGAGAAUGGAAUAAAGCAUAGAGAUGCCAUGAAGUUGCCUUACACCUACUACACUUUUCUUUAGCUUUAUUCUUCUAAAGCCCCCAUCUACGUCACCUUUUUCCAUUCCUUCCUUUCUUUUCCCUUCACUUUCUUCUGUUCCCUUUCUCCUUCCAUCAUUCAACCCACACACCUCUCUCUCUGUGAUGGCCUAGCUAGACCAAAGCUCAAGCUCAAAGCUCCUACAUACACCAAUGGCAAGUGUGGUAACAUUCCUCAACAAGUUCUUUUCUAUCUUCAUUCUCCUCCUCCAUCUUGGUUGCUUCAUUUUCACCACCACCGCCGACGAUCAUCACCAACGCCCUUAUUCAAAGAAACGCAAAGUCUCUCCUCUCAGUGUCUCUCACUCCUCUCCUUCAAAACCCAAAAAAGCUCUCUCCUCCUCUUGGUCUUUUCUCAAACGCAUUUUCUCUUCCGAUUCCUGCAAAUCCAACAUCUCCUCCAUCACUCAAACCCAACCAACAACAACAACAACACCCCCUACUCCCAUCACCACCACUACUUUAUCUUCCGCCAGAUCAUCCCAGCAUUCCAUUGUUCCCCUCAUCAUCCAACCCGAAACUCACUCAUCGGAUCCUCCACGUAAAAAAAAAUCCGGGUCUUGCUCAGAAUCCGAUAUCUCCGCUGACAACCCUUUCUUUCCUCUCCGAAACGAUAUCUUCCCCUGCACAGCUUGCGGCGAAAUCUUCCCUAAACCCCAGUUCCUAGAACAACACCAGGCGACCAAACACGCUGUUUCGGAGCUUGUUGACGGUGAUUCGGGCAAGAACAUCGUCCGGAUCAUAUUCAAAACCGGAUGGACCGACAACCAUAAGAGCCCGACACUUCAUCGGAUUUUGAAGAUCCAUAACAGUCCCAAGAUACUCUCGAGGUUCGAAGAGUACAGAGAGACAGUCAAAGCUAAAGCUGCGCGAAACGGCGCCGUUAGGAGACGAGACGAGAGGUGCAUAGCUGAUGGGAAUGAGCUAUUGAGGUUUCACUGUUCCACGUUUCUGUGUGAUCUGGGACUUAACGGGAAUUCCGGCAUUUGUAACCAGCAAUAUUGUAGUGUGUGUGGGAUUGUUAAGUCCGGGUUCUCACCCAAGUUGGACGGGAUUUCCACGCUAUCGACCAGCUGGAAGGCACACGUGGCGAUUCCAGAGGAGAUCGAGCAAGAGUUCAGCUUCAUGAACGUGAAGAGGGCGAUGCUGGUUUGUCGGGUUGUGGCGGGUCGGGUCGGGUGUGACUCGGAGGACGUGGACAAGGAGGAUGGAGGGUUUGACUCUGUCUUUGGAAGAAGUGGGGAUGGGGUCCACUCCAGUGUGGAUGAGGAGGAGCUGUUGGUGUUUAAUCCAAGGGCUGUGCUUCCUUGCUUUGUGAUUGUGUAUACUGUGUGAGUUUCAUCAUGUGGUCUGGUCCUUCUUUUUUCUUUUUCUUUUUCUCUUAAUCAUGGAUUGUUAUUAUUUA